AUGUUUUCAAAAUAUGUUCAUUGUCAGUUGCGAUUAAGAACCGCAUGCUUUGCUCGAGGUGUUAAGGAUAAUAAUGCACCCAUUGUUUUAAGCGUAGGUCACAACCAUCAAAUACCUUUUGAUCAACGAGAAAGAGUACAUUUUAUAGCUAACCUAAGACGAGCUGCUUCUAGAAGCUUGUUACCACCAACUGAAAUAUAUAAUAGGAUUGCUCGAAGAUAUCCAAAUGAAGCUCUAUUGACACCUUAUCCAUCAGUUGCGAGACUUUUACGAAAUAUUCGUCGUCAAAUUACUUUUCCGGUCAUUAAUACUUUAGGAGAGCUAAUUCAAGCAUUAUACAGUCAACUUCUGUCGCAUUUUCGGUAUUAUAGCGAUCAACAGUCUCUCCAAUUUUUUAAUUUUGCAGACAAUGCGGUGAUUAUAUGUGCACCAUGGUUGAUAUCCACUUUGAACAGUGAAACAAUUUAUGUUACAUCAACAUCUAGAUCUGCGGUGAAUGUUAAUGGUGUACGUCUGCUAACAACUGUCUCAGUUAAUUACAUCAAUCAUGUAUUUCCGGUUGCGUUUGUUGUUUGGAGCAGACGAGAUGAUCAAAUUUGUUCGAAUUUCAGUGACACUUUGCGACAACUAUUUCAAGGCAAUGCACCAAGAACAAUUUAUACUGACUUUGAUUUGUUACCUUACCUGCGGUGCACUUUUCAAGGAAGCCAACUUAUUGGGACUUAUGAAAGUUAUUGCCGUAUUUUGUACCAAAGAGCUCUGGAGUUAGAUGUAGAGACUCACUUGAAUGAUCAUGACAAUUUUUUGAGAAAUUGUAUGAAUUUAAUUCUAUUGCCGGCUGAUGUAGCAAAUGGAAUGUUUAACAACAUGAUUACAAACUUGAAUGCGCCCGAGCUCAAUGAUUUUAUUAAUUAUUUACAGAAUGAGUGGAUUGAAAAUGAAAACUUUGUAAGCUUUUAUGAGGAUUUUGCCCCACUUAAUAAUGUUUCUAUAUUGAUUUCAAAUGUAAUCAGCCAUCGCUUCGAGGAGCAUUCAUCUCCAAAAGAGUUUAUUCAACAAAUAAUUUGGUUUUUCUAUGCUGCAAAAGAUGAUUCGACACGUCUUGCAGCUAAUAGAGCAGCGUUCGUUACAAGAUUCCCAUUGUCAACCGGCUAUUGUCUUAAGAGGGACUUGAUGAGAAUCCAGUGGACAAGCCUUAGGAAUAGGAGAAUUGAUGGCACAGUUUUUCUGGAGCGAAUGUUGGCUAUACACGAAUCCCAUUACAAUGACAUGAUGCAUAUUUUCACUGUAAUGAUCGAUGAACAAUUGGUAAUAAAUGGAUUACAUAUUCAUCAGUUACGUGCUGGGGUUGCUGGCAAUCAACGUAAUCAGCAAUAAGUUAUAAUGUGUGACAUAUGUUUCAGUAACAGAGUAAAUAUGAUAUGUCAUCCAUGCUUGCAUGUUCAAAUGUGCUCUCAGUAUGCAAGACAGAUACGCCAAGCAAAACCAGCCAAUGGACCUCUCUUAUGUCCAUUUUGUAAUUCACAAGCAGAGUUUCAUGAAGCUAGAUUACGCAACGAUUUAGACGCUGAUGGAUUUCCAUUAAUGAUUUGUGAACUGUGCAACACCCACCGUGUAAACAUCAUUUGCACAAAUUGUUUUGCUCUCAGAAUUUGCAAUAAUUGUCUCGUAAUUCGGCGAGAAGAAAAUGAUGUUAUUGGUAACAUUUGUCCAACUUGUGAGGAAGAGGCUGAACUGCGACGGGGCUUUUUCUCAUAAAUGAUAGGAAGAAUAAUGUUUAUUGCAUAUUAAGAUAUAACUUUAAAGGUGUAAACGUUUUUAUCGUCUGUUUUGGAAAUUUUUAUUCUUAUACUGAAAUAGAUUA